AGUUGAUUACCAUCCGUCGUCGUGUUCGAAUCUAUCGCGACGUAGCUUUGCGGUGAACGUAAAUAGGAUUUUACGAGUGGAAAGAGUUUUGAAGUUGUAGGGAUUCUUUCAGCUUGUUCGGCAUUGCAGAAGAAUCCCCGAGAUUUCUGCGGAAGAUCGUGGGUGGAAUUUUUUUUUCGGUCGUAACUUUCACCGUCGUUGGACUCAAGUAGCGAGUGGGUUAUGAUUAAGUGAUGCUAUAAAUAAAAUAAUUAAAUUGUGUCGUGUCAAUAGGAUUCGUUCUGGGCCAAACAGCUCUAGUGAUUGUUUGGGGUGUUUUUUCUCACACAAUUGAUAAGUGAGAUUCCUGGAGGAAUUUUCAGUGUUGUUUAUUUGACUUUCACAGAGGAGGAAUUUCAAUUGCUUGCAGGAAGUUUGUCAUUUUUCUUCUCUGCUUUUUUUCCUGCCAUCUACUGCCACCCACUUUCAAGAAGUUCUCAAGACAGUACCUGAUACAGCAAGUUCAAUAAGGAGAAUCAGGGAUACGUAUCAAGAUAGAGAAAAAAAAGUGAGAAACAUGUGCCAUCGAAGGAAAAAAAGUGUAUAUAGAAAUAACAUUUGAAGAAGAAAAACUCGGAAAUUAAAACAACCGGAAGCUCUUGAGUGUGAAAUGAAAUUCAAGUGUAAGGAUUUCCUAAUGAAUUUCAAUGUGAUGCUGUGAGUGGUUCUGUGGUGGUCCAUUCUCUCCAAUGUAUCGAGAAUGAAAGUUUUAUAUGAAACAUGGAAAAGGCUCACAAGUUUUAUCAGUGGAAUAUCGGUGGUAAAACCCUAAUUCGGCAUUUUCUCUUCUAUAUUUUAUGUAUGAUUGGAAUGUGUCCAUUGAGGAUACAUUGCAAUGGAUCACAGGAUUUUCAGAAGCACAUUCCCACCCGACUUGUGUGGGCAGCCGUGGAUCAUGAUGCCGAAUUGCCCUGUGACGUAACACCAUCAACACUCCGGGAUUCCGCGAAGCUUGUGUUGUGGUUUAAGGACUCAACCGGGAUUCCCAUCUAUAGCUUGGAUUCGAGAGGUGGUGGUCCAUUUGAAUCUGCCACACACUCUGCUCUGGCUAGUGAUCUCGGAAAUCGCCUGUACUUCUCAUCCGGGUCCCGACCGCAUGAUGCCAAAUUGCAGAUUCGUGGAGUUAAGGCCACAGAUGAGGGCGUCUAUCGCUGUCGUGUGGACUUCUUCAAUUCACCCACCAGAAAUUUUAGAGUUAAUUUAACUUUAGUUGUUCCACCCGAUGAGCCAAAAAUUUUCGAUGCUCAAGGAAAGGAAGUCACAGGUGGAGUUGCUGGACCAUUUCGGGAAGGUCAUGAGCUCUUCCUCUCCUGCCAAGUUUCAGGAGGACGUCCUCUACCCAAAGUCACUUGGUGGCGAAACAACGAAGAAAUUUCUGGCAUUAGUCACCCUUCGGCUGACGUUCAAACGACCGUUGUGAAUCAGCUUUUUAUUGAGAACAUCACGAGAGAAUAUCUGGGAACGAGACUCCAGUGUCGUGCUCAAGGAUCCAAGUUAAUUUCUCCAGUGGUGAAGGAGUUUGCCAUUCAAGUACAUUUGAAGCCCCUGGCAGUGAAAAUUGUCACAGCAAACGAAUUGCUGAGGGCUUCAGAAAUAAUUCCAUUGCGCUGUGAGGCUUGGGGAUCACAUCCUCCGGCGAAAAUUGUUUGGCUUCUCGAUGGGGAGCCCAUUCGAAACCCCAACGUAACAAUAUGCAGUGACAGAGAUGAUGGUAAUUUUACAUGCAGCAUUCUGCCACUGCGGGUUAUUGCCGAAUAUGAUGGUGCUGAAUUGACGUGCCGAGCCACUAAUCCCUGGUUCUCAGCAGGAACUCUGCAGGAUAAGCGAAUUAUUCAUGUUGCAUAUCCUCCCGUUGUAUCCAUCCACUUGGCCAAUGAGGAUCCGAGUCGACUAGUGAUAAGAUCGGAAGGACAGAAUGUAACACUAAAGUGCCGAGCUAAUGCCAGACCAUCAGUCACAUCAUUUGGCUGGUACAAGAAUGGUAUGAGGAUGACGGGAGAAAAUUCAGAGACGCUGCAUCUCAUGAUGCUGGAGAGAGAAAGUGAGGGAUCAUACAGUUGUUCAGCGCAGAAUUCAGAGGGUGAGACCCAGAGUACCCCUCUCAUUCUUCAAGUGCAAUAUUCUCCGAGGUGUAAGCCUGGAACGGAACAAAUGUCCCUGGGAGCACUCAAUCUUCACACCAUUUCUGUGAAAUGCGAAGUUGAUGCUGAUCCGGCGGAUUCUGUACGGUUCAGCUGGACAUACAACAAUACCAGAAAUGUUUCUCCAGUUCUCAAUUCUCGGAUUAAUUCACAUGGAUUAGUCAGUUCUAUGACUUAUAUGCCACAAUCAGACACAGAAUUUAUUACAUUGGCGUGCUGGGCGAGCAAUUCUGUUGGCAGGCAGACGAUUCCAUGCCUCAUUCAUAUUUUUCCAGCAAGAACACCAGAUCCACCACGACUCUGUGAAUUGUACAAUAAUACACAUUUGGAGGUUGUUUGUAUAGCAGGAAAUGAUGGUGGCCUGGAACAGCAUUUCCUGCUUGAGGUGAUAAAUGGCGAGGAUAUUUAUGGACGAGCCUUCUCGCUGCCGCCAGAUGCAGAGAACGAGAUAUCCACAAUGAAUGAUCAGGCGACAUCGGCUCCAUUGUUGCGGCUCAAGGAGGAUAAGCCAUUGUUCAAAUUGGAUAAUUUGGAGCAUGGCCGAGAAUACCAAUUGCUUGUGUUUGCUGUUAAUGCCAAAGGACGAAGUUAUCCACCGGUUGUGCUCGACAAAGUCAAAAUUAGCAAUUUAAAUGUACUGUAUGAUGAAACAAUUGUAUCGGACGAUUUAUCAUCACCUCCUGCCACAGGCAACAAUGAAAAGAGAGAAUCAACAUUGAUUAUCCUGGUAGCUGUUGUUGGUUCAGGAAUUAUUAUUGUUACAUCAAUUAUUAUUGCUGCUAUUGCGAUAACAUAUCAUCAUAUGAGGCCCAAACCUCCUGAACCUCAGGAUGUACGAAAGAGAAUGAGGCCCGCGAGAACUGAUGUACCGUCAAUGUACUCUGGCGAGGAGGCGCUCGAGGAAGAAGUGGCUGGAUCCACUACAAUUCGACCCCCUCAUGCAUCAAUUAGUCGAAGCAGUCGUUAUGUAAGCGAAGGAUUCGUACAAUAUUCUCAGCCAAGUCUCAACAAUGUAUAUAUAACAGAUCCUGAUUUAAUACUCCAGCACAGCGAUUUUGAGUUCAGAAAUAUUAGUGGCCAUUAGAGGUGAAUGAGUGGAAAAAUAUGAAAAUUUAUAGAUAUAAGUUACAGUGUUAGGAUAUAUAAUAAUGUUAGAAUUUGAAGAAGCAAAAAUAUAUUGCGCAGAAAUUUCACAUGAUCGAAAUUAUGUUAAGUGAGUGAAAACAAGAUCAACUUUGAAUAUAAAUGGGAAAUGGCAAUAAAAGCAGGAGAAUGAAUAUUUUUUAAAUAA